AUGAAAAGUACAAUUAUAAUGAUGUGUGGUUGUUGUGGAUCAGGUAAAAGUACAUUCUCAAAGAAAAAAGAAAAAGAAGAAGGUUAUAUACGUCUUUCAAUAGAUGAAAUGGUAUGGGAGAAAUAUGGAAGACAUGGUAUUGAUUACCCAGUUGAGAAAUAUAGAGAAAUAUUAGAUAACACUGAUAAAGAAUUAAGACAAAAGUUAUCAGAAUUAAUCAUUCAAGGUAAAAAUAUUGUUAUUGAUAGUAGUUUUUGGAGGAAAUCAACAAGAGAAUCAUAUAGAGAUUUCAUAGAACAAGUUGGUAUUAAUGAGGGUAUUGUAAAGGAAAUCCAAUUAAUUUAUUUAAAAUCUGAUUACGAGACUUUAAAGAAUAGAUUAAAAAUAAGAAAUCAAUCUAUAAAUGCAAAUUCACCAUUCGAAAUUACAAAUGAAAUUUUAGAUCAUCACUUCAAUGGUUUCCAAGAACCACUCAAUGAAAAUGAAAUUAUAAUUUUACAAAAAUAA